UAUCCAGUAAAAAGAAGUGAUGGUUGUAUCGGACAGUGCUUGCUCUGCCUGGAUGAAGGCUCUGCUGCUGCUUUGUUUAUGGGAUUUGUGUUACAGUCAGAUUUCCUACUCGGUUUCAGAGGAGGCCAAGAAGGGAACCGUUGCUGGAAAUCUAGCGAAGGAUCUCAAUCUCAGUGUGCAGGAACUGGAGACGCGCAUGUUUCAGCUUGUGUCUGGAUCUAACGCCAAGUAUUUCGAGGUAAAUCGGAAAACCGGCAUUUUAUUAGUUAAUGACAGAAUAGACCGAGAGGAGCUGUGUGAAAGCAAAAUGAAAUGCGUACUGAAUGUUGAAGCGAUGAUCCACAAUCCUCAUAAGCUCUACCGUGUUGAAAUUAAUAUACUAGACAUUAAUGAUAACUCUCCGGUGUUUCCAGAUCAAACAUUUGUUUUGAACAUUAGUGAAAAUGUGCUUCCGGGAGAUCGUUUUUCAGUAGCCAUAGCGCGUGAUAUGGACAUCGGUAUUAAUUCCGUAAGGACUUAUCAAAUAAAUUCAAAUGAAUAUUUUUCGCUGGACAUGCAGAGUGAUUCACCUGAACUCUUACUUCAAAAAUCUUUGGAUCGAGAGAGAGAAUCGGUGAUCAAGCUCGUGCUGACUGCUGUAGACGGCGGGACUCCUCCCAGAUCCGGAACAAUGCAGAUAAUUAUCAAUAUACAGGACAUAAAUGACAACUACCCAGUGUUCAGUAAACCUCUGUAUAAAGUGAAAGUCCAUGAGAAUGCAGUUGUGGGAACUAAAAUCCUUACCGUUUCUGCUGCAGAUGCAGACGAGGGAAAUAACGGUGAAGUUACGUACUCAAUUUUAAAUGAUGUUCGAAAUUCUGGAUUAAACUUAUUCUCCGUGGAUCUGGUUUCUGGAGAUAUUACUGUUAAAAAUACUAUUGAUUUUGAGGACAAUCCUGCUGUGGAGGUGAGAAUCCAGGCUCAGGACAAAGGACAGUUUCCCCGAAGAUCUACAUGUAAAGUGUUAAUUGAAGUAGUGGAUGUGAAUGACAAUGCACCAGAGAUAUCAGUCACUCUUCUCAUGAGCUCCAUUAGCGAGGACAUCAAACCUGGUACAGAUGUUGCAUUAAUCACUGUAUCAGAUAAAGACAGUGGAAAUAAUGGUAAAGUAGAUUGUAAAAUUCUAGCACCGAGUCCUUUUAAAUUACAGCUAUCAUAUAAAAACUCUUACGCUCUUGUUGUGAAUGAAGCUCUUGACAGAGAGCGGGUCUCCCAAUAUAAUGUCACAGUUCUAGCUAAGGAUGAGGGAACUCCUUCCCUCUCGAGCAGUAACGUUAUAACAGUUCAUGUCUCUGAUGUGAAUGAUAACGCACCUUUAUUUCCUGCACCGAUGAUAAAUAUUGGCGUGAAAGAGAAUAGUCCAGUUGGAGGACUGAUGGCAUCACUAACGGCACGAGACUUAGACAUCGGUGAAAAUGCCCUUGUUUCGUAUUCAUUAAUUGAUGCAGAGGGCAGCAGGGUGUCAAAUCUGAUGAACAUUAACUCACACACCGGUGAACUGUACAGCCUGAAGUCUUUCGAUUACGAAGCAACCAAACGACUUCAGUUUAAAGUUCAAGCCACUGACUCUGGUGUCCCUCCACUAAGUAGUAACGUGACUGUGAACAUUUUUAUCCUGGAUGAGAAUGACAACAGUCCAGUUUUUCUCCCUCCUUAUUCUGAACCUGGAUCAGUAAACAGUGAGAACAUUCCCUACUCUGCCGAAGCGGGGUAUUUUGUGGCUAAAGUCAGAGCUGUAGACGCUGAUUCAGGUUAUAAUGCACUAUUAUCUUAUCACAUGACCGAACCAAAGGGAACGAAUCUCUUCCGAAUCGGAACCAGCACAGGAGAAAUAAGGACUAAAAGACGAAUGAGUGACAAUGACUUAAAAGCUCAUCUGCUUAUCAUUACUGUCUCGGAUAAUGGAGAACCUUCACUGUCCACAACUAUGAGUAUUGAAGUUGUGGUUAUGGAAAAUAUGGACAGCGUGCAGCCUUCACUAAGACAAGUGCCAGUAAAGGAGGAGAAUUUUUCUAAUCUGAAUCUCUAUCUACUCAUCGCUAUUGUAUCAGUGUCAGUGAUAUUUUUACUGAGCCUCGUCGCUUUAAUAGCAGCUAAAUGCUACGGGACAGACGGCGGUUUCAGCAGCUCCAGCGCUCCAGUGGUCACUACACACCCUGACGGGAGCUGGUCUUACUCUAAAUCCACUCAGCAGUAUGAUGUGUGUUUUAGCUCAGACACACUGAAGAGUGACGUAGUGGUUUUCCCCUCGCCGUUUCCGCCUGCAGACGCAGAGCUGAUCAGCUUUAAUGAAAGAGACACUUUUACUCGAAAUCAAACUCUUCCCAACAAUGGGAAGGUAAGACCAUGCUUAUUUUAGCCUAUUUCUAUUUUU